GGCCGACUCGGGGUAGCAGGCCGACUCGGAUUAGUUGGCACCUCCGCCAGGCCGCCCUAUUUUAACCAGGCCCAGGCGCCCAGCACCAGCGCACGCCGCGGAUUCACCUCGGCUGUUCGUCUCCACAUUAUUCUCUCCGGCGGCGGCGACUCGACUCUCGGCGAGGGGCGGAGAUGUCCUACCUACUCCCGCACCUGCACUCCGGCUGGGCGGUGGACCAGGCCAUCCUCGCCGAGGAGGAGCGGCUGGUCAUGAUCCGCUUCGGCCACGACUGGGACGAGACGUGCAUGCAGAUGGACGAGGUGCUGUCAGGGGUGGCUGAGACCAUAAAGAACUUUGCGGUGAUCUACCUCGUCGACAUCACGGAGGUUCCUGACUUCAACACCAUGUACGAGCUGUAUGAUCCGUCAACGGUGAUGUUCUUCUUCCGCAACAAGCACAUCAUGAUUGAUCUCGGGACGGGAAACAACAACAAGAUCAACUGGGCAAUGAAAGACAAGCAAGAGUUUGUUGACAUUGUGGAGACUGUCUACAGAGGAGCUCGUAAGGGGCGUGGUCUGGUGAUUGCUCCCAAGGAUUACUCCACAAAAUACCGUUACUGAGGUAUCUGUGCCUGGCUAUUCAUGUGCAGUGUGUGGCCUGCUCUGUUCCGUGAUAUGCGCUGUGUGACCCUUGAUGUAAUGUCUGUCAACUUUGAAAGUGUCGUAACUAUGUAUUUGUAUCUUGAAUAUCAACAUGUCAUAAACCUGUAACCCUUUAAAACAGGACCUGCUGUCUAUUGGUAUUACUGCUAAAAGUGAUAUUUGGCGUGAA